AUGCGGUUGUAUCUGGCUUGCUACGUUUUUGUCAUAUUGUUCGUGGCACAGAUAAGGUCGAAUCACAUCAUCUCGCAUCGCUUAUCACUUUUCAUACAACGACACUGGUAUAAUAAUAUAUCACAGAUAUAUCGUUUAAACGAUUGCAAAUAUUCUAAAGUGAGAGUAGAGGCCGCCAAGAAAGUCUUUAUCAUCAUUAGCAAAACGCAUUGGUGCAAUGAAGGGAUCAAAGCGGUGUUUGGCGUAAGUGCCGAAACAAGGAGAAAUAGCUCGAAUGUGAUUGCGUGGGCUAUGCCGUACAAUUACACUGGAUCGAUAGAUCCGCGUAGCAGAUGCCGAGAUGAUGCAUAUUUUGAUAACGCUAGCAGAACUGCUUAUGGAUUAAUGAGGGUCGAUUUGCUUUGCCGUAAAAGACAACCACGUUUAGUGCGACGAAUUUGGAAGCGAUCUCUUCAGGAGAAGCACCAUCCAUUCACAGUUACUACCUCUGAAAACAACGAAAGCCUUUUCACAAUAACAAUCGGCGUGCUAUUGUACGCUGUGUUUGGGGUGUGUUUUUUGGGGACUAACUUGGCAUACUUGUCCGGGAUAUUCAUCGUUUAUGACUCAUCUGUUAUUGAAGAAGACAAAAAAAGAAGAAAAUCAAGGCUUAUACAACAGAUAAAGUGCUAA